UGACAUGAGAUGCUCAUGCUUCCAUUAUGCUCAGCUACUUCACGAACUUGGUCCGACCGGUCUCACCACGGAUCCCAAAAGUGGAAGAGUCGUCGCCACCGCAGCCCGCAGACCUCGAUUCCCUACCCGGGUUCGCUCAGGCUGUCGCGCAGAAGUUACAGUCAGAGGCCGCUCAACUAACACCGGGGCCAGAUGCACCAGGCGUUAUGCUGUUCAAAGGCGUCUUCUGUUCAUUCCUCCAGUCUGUGCCCGAGUAUCUGAAUGGCCUGCCGCAUCGAUCUCAUCAGAAUCGACUUCUAACCCUCCUAAACUGCUGGGAGGAUUUGUGCCAGUGGUCAAAUCCCGCAGCAUCCUCGUACACCCGCGAAGCCAGAGCUGAUUUCAGCGCAUGCCAAUACCCCGCUCUCAAAUCACUACUAGAAUCUCGCAAAUCCGUCAAGGCCGUGUUAGUCCAAUUUGCAAGCGCAAAAUCAUUUCCACGCCGUGAUAAAGCAGCCAAUACACUAUGGCAAAACAUGAUUAAUGCAUUUAACGCUCUAUCGGCACCUGAGAGCGAAUCGGAGGACCCAGAUCUAUCAGAGUUGAUGAAACUUGCUACAUCGAAGGAAGAUCUCGAAGACAAUCAGAGCUUUGUACUACAGCUUUAUGAUGCUCUGUCUCAACAUUUCAUGCCUGAUAGGUGCUCAUACGACUGGAAAUCAAUAGUUGUCAAUCUUCGAUUGAAUUGGUGGGAACUUUCCAAAGAAGAUGAUACUCUUUGCUUUGGACUUUUCGUUAUGAUCAACGAAAAGGGUACACCAGACGAUUCGGCGACGCAUUGCCAUUGGCAAGACCUCCAAGUCUGCGUCUCGAAAAGGAAACAAGUCGCAUUUAAUGUUCCUUCUGGCCGGACUCCGAAUCUCUCGGAACCGUUGGAGGAUUUCCAGGAAGACUGCUUUCCUAAUGCAGAGGACGCCUCGCAUGGUUCCGGAGACACGGAUCAAACUUCCUCUUCCGAUGAGAAUGAGACGGACGAGCUUUGUCAGUAUCUCGCGCAACGCACUGUGGCCCAAUAUAGGUUUGAAUACGCCACAGACUUCAAGCUGCAAAAGUCUAAUCAACCGGAGAGGUCAUUUCUGAGGAGCUCUAUGGGUAUUACCCUAGAUGAUCUAAUAGGAACCGGGAAACUGGGCGCUAAGAUGAAGCUUUCGCUUUCCUUUCUUCUGAUACGGACGUUCUGGCAGUAUUGCGAAUCGGACUGGAUGCAGGAUUACUGGAGCAAAGAAUCUGUUUAUUUCAUGUUCAACAUGGUUGAUGGUUAUCCAAAGGCCAUUUCCAUUCACGAACCGUUUCUUCAGGCUCGAUUCAACAAGAGCGACCAUGGCGAUAAAAUGGGACAAUUGACAGAACCAAGCAAACCUUCAAGCCGGAAAAAGAAAUUUCGAAAAACAAGCCACGAUACUAAAGUACGGACAAGGACACAUCAGUACCCAAAACUACUCGCCCUUGGCAUCAUGUUACUCGAAAUUGAACUAGAUCGCAAACUCGAGAGUCUGACAUCCCGAGCCGGCGAAGAUUCAGAUAUUGUCAACAUACGACACAAUAUGGCCACCAAGGUGCUCAAUGAUCAGGAUUUUUGGCCACCAAAAGACAUUUGGAAGCCUGUGAAAGAAUCUAUCGAGAUAUGUAUAAAGGCCGACACGGAAGUUCUUGGCAAUGUAGAGGAAGACCUGCGACAUAACUUCUACCGAAGAGUGGUUGGCCCUUUCAAGGCGUUCAUGACAUUGGCUUGGUCCGAUGCGGACUAUCAGAGGAUAGAAUCAGUAGUGAUCCACAAUGCGCCACCCUCACAUUCCCCUGCAGCGCAACAUGGCGCGCCGGUUGAUCUGCUACAAGCAGGUGAAGCUAAUUGUGAAGCGACAUAUUCGAACACCUUCAGAGCUUCGUCAUCAGCAGCGCGCAUGAUCGUCGCUGGUACUGACGGCUCAAGGUCUCAGAUAGGGACGACCAUGAGUGCAGAUUCACCUUUCACAUCGACCGAUUGGUUUGCGAAGCUGGACGACUUGAACGAUGUACUCAAGAUAUCCCAGCGCAAUAGAGACGAGCAUUCGAGAGUCGUUAAAAUAGCUAUCCUAGAUACAGGGGUCCAAGAAGCAUACUACCAGAACGAUCAGUCCUCCACCAAGAACAUCAAAGACUACAAAGACUUCGUGUCCGGUAAUGAUAAUAUAAGGCAGGAUCGUACUGAUCAUGGAACAUCAUGUGUUCGCCUGCUCCAGAAGGUAUAUGAAAAUGCAGACAUAUAUGUUGGACGAGUCUUCGAGACCAAGGAUGCAACUCCCGAAACAAAGAAAUACAUGGAAAAUGCAAUCAAGCACGCGAUAUGCAAAACGAAAGGAUGGGGAGUAGACGUAGUCUGCCUACCAUCUGGAUUUGAGUCGGAAUACCGACCAAUCACGAACGCCAUCUCGAACGCCAAACCUUCUAAAGUUCUCAUCUUUGCGGCCGCCUCAAACUACGGAAACACUGCUGGAAUCUACUUUCCCGCAUGGCUCUCCCGAUUCUCCGACCUUUUCUGUUUAUUCUCCACCACGGCUGGUGCCAAGCCAACUUGCGAAUUCAACCCUGCUCCCAUGGAUUCAGCAUACAAUUUCGCCAUUCUCGGUGAAGGUAUUCAACUGCCAAACACAAAACCUCUAAACGGAACAUCUUUCUCAACUAUCAUUGCCGCAGGUGUUGCGGCUCAAAUCAUCGACUUCUCUAUGCAGCCCGACAUCCGCAACGUGAUUGGCAGCAAUGAGAUUCUGCGCCAGGUUGAUGGCAUGUCGGCUAUAUUCGCGAGAAUGUCAGCGAGAGAGAAUGAGUACCAUUGCCUUACGCCGUGGGUUUUAUUGGACGGUAUGACCGUACAGGACUACGACGAGAAAGAUAUUAGGCUCGCUAUUUGCAGAACCAUCUCCGACGCAUUGUGGACAAGGCACAAGAUUCGGGUUUGAACGGGUCCGGACAUGAUUCACCGAAAUGAGUCACCCCAAGGGCUUUGGAGAAAGAUCGGAUUUCCUCUAACUUUAAGACUGCCAAAGUUCUCCCUGGAAUGCAGCGCCUAGCUGCUAAAGACACGUGAGGUUCCUUCACGUAGCGAGUGCCAGGACGGACCAGCUCAUUCACACGGGUGCCGAUGAUUAAGAAGGAUGAUACGGAGGGAAAACUUGCUGCAGAGGAAUGCAAGGUUACCACCCACGUUAGCACGUUUGAUAUGCAUGGGCUCG